UUCUUAAACGAUGCAUGACUGUUACUGAUGUUAAUGAAAAAAAAAAACUUUUAAAAAACAUUUUGGACGAAGAAGACCCUAUUGAACUAAUUCCGCAUGUAAGUAUUUAUAUAAUAAUAUUUAAAAUAAUGUUCAAAUCUAAAAUUGUACCGACAUUGAAUUCCUUUAAAAAAAAUAAAAAUAAAAAUUUAUAUACAUAUAUUUAUACUUAUGAAUGAAACAUUUAUGUAACACUAUAAUAUAUUUAUUUUGUUUCUUUCCUAAAAAAUAUGUAUACUUUCAUUGUCGUAUUAAGUGCGUAAUCAGCAAAAAAAUUAAAUUAGUGAUGAAACUCUAUCAAAAUAUUUAAAACACUGUAUUUUUAAACAAAGCCAUCAAUAGCUCAACUCGCUACAUCAAGUAGAAACAAUACACUACCAUCCUUCGCAAGCUUUUUUCCACUAAUGCUAAAGAAAGUGAUCUACUCCAAAGACAGUCUAGAUCUUAAGCCAUAAAAAAAAUAUACAUUGACAAGCUAGAAAAAGAGCGCUCAAUAAAUAAUGUUAUGUUUUCAAUGUUUUUAUUUCAAACAAGUAACAUAAAAGUGUUCCGGACGCAAGCAGAAAGUCAACACCAGAUUGAGAACUUGUAUUUAUGUAUAUAUAUAUGUUUAUGUUACUUGUUUGAAAUAAAAUCAUUGAAAACUUAACAAAAUGGUGGCCGCUAUGGGGUAGCCGUAUAAGUAGCCGUAUUACCUGUUGCUGUUCCAUAUACUCUGACGUAACAUUGAUGUACCCCGUUAAAUAAUCGAAUAUGGACUUCUGUUUGUCCCAUUGCGAACGGAUUUUUCUUUAAGAUGUUGUCCCUGUGCUUGAUGAGCAGGUGAGGGAACUAGAGUAUCAAUAAGUGUGCGUAUUUGCAGAUUGUUCAGCAGUUGGCUAUAUGAUAAUCCACUGGCCAAUGGUGUCCUACGAUACUGAUGAAGAAAGUCUUGUAGAGAUUCCUUUAAAGGUAAUGUGGAUUUCUUCAGUGAACUCUUGAAACUUUGAAUCAGUCGUUCGGCAGCUCCAUUUGUAGCAGGAUGAUAGGGAGCGCCUGCGAGAUGUACAAUACCCCUCUCCUUACACCAAUGCUGAAAUUCUUCUGAGAUGAAGCUAGUAGCAUUGUCACUGACUAUGAUGUGUGGAUAGCCGAAAUGAGAAAAAUCUUCCUCCAGAAGAUCAAUGGUAGCUUUGGUCGAUAUAGAUGUUGUCCUGUGGAUACAGGGGUACUUUAAAUAAGCAUCUAUCACCACCGGCCAAUGUGAUCCCUUAAAGUUAAUGGCAUGAUCGAUAUGCACUCGACUCCAUGGUUUUUCUGGCAGCAUCCAUGGGUUGAUACUUGCAUUGUUUGGGUCUCUGGCGUGUUCUGCACAUGCCUGGCAUGUUUGACCUAUCUCCAUGAUUUGAGUAUCAAGUCCGGGCCAAUAUACAGAUGAUCUUGCUAACUGUUUCAUCCGCUCGAUUCCAAAAUGUCCUGUAUGCAGGAUUUGAAGAACUUGAGCUUUUAGUAUUUUUGGUACAACAAUUCCUGAAACAUAAAAUAGACAAUUCGACUCCACUGAGAGUGAGUCUUGAAUAUUUUUAAAAGCUGCUAUAUUAGCUGUAUCCUUGUUUUCUUUGUUUGUAGAGGACGGCCAGCCCUCUUGACAAUAUCUCAUUACUGUAGACACAGUAGAUUCUUUAAGUGACUCUUUAGCAAGGACUCCUGGGUCUGUUGGUCUGAUCUGUAAACUGAUUUGUUUGAUCAUACUUACAGAAUCCAUGUCUGCUUCAAUUUCUUCACCAUCAAAAAUGUCAUCAGGUCCUGAGGGGAGACGACUAAGAGCAUCCGAAUUGCCAUGUUCAGUUGACUUACAAAAUUCAAUGAUGUAGUCAUACUGACUCAGGGUAAGAGCCCAUCUGGCUCAACGAUUUGCUGCCAGCUCUUGUGUUCCUUUUCCUGAACCAAAUAUAUUUAUCAGUGGUUUAUGGUCUGUCACCAACACAAAAUUUCUUCCAUACAGAUAUUGAUGGAACUUUGAUAGAGCACAAAUAAUUGAGAGUGCUUCCUUUUGAAUCUGACUAUGCUUGCGUUGUGCUGCUGUGAGAGUUUUUGAAAUGUUAGCAAUAGGGCGUUCACUACCAUCAGGAUAUCUGUGGAACAGAUCUUUUCCUAUGUCAACAUUAGAGGCGUCACAGGAUAUGCCUAUGUCUAGAGUUGGAUCAUAGUGAGCUAGAACUUUAUCAGAAGAAAGCAAUUGCUUGACUUUCCUAAAAGCUUCUUGUUCUGUAUUCCAUUUUCAUGAUGCGUUCUUUUUGGUUAAAUAAUACAAUGGUUCAAGUACAGUUGAUAGGUCCGGUAAGAACUUGCUGUAAAACUGCACUUGACCAAGAAAUGAUCGUAGACUGGAAAUAUCUGUGGGUACUGGCAUGGAUAUAACUGCCUCUACUUUGGCUCCUUUUGAUAUGCCAUUGCUUGAUAAUGUAUGCCCUAAAUAUUCAAUUGAUUGCUGAGCAAAAAUGCAUUUUUCCUUCCUGCACUUUAAUCCAUUUUCAUUCAGUCUAUGUAAAACCUGCGAAGGUUCAUUACAUGGUCUUCCCCAUCCUUUCCACUCACUAGAAUGUCGUCCAUGUACACUGCUACUCCAGGCAAAUCUUGUGUAAGUUUGUCCAUGAUUUCUUGGAAAUACGCAGGUGCUGAGGUAAUAUCGAAUGGUAACCUUGUUUGCAGCAAUACACCUCUAUGUGUGCUUAUUGCCAAUUUCUCUUUCGGAUUCUUUAGCCUGCUUGAUCUGAUUAUAAGCAUCAGCUAGAUCUUUUUUGAGAAAUAAUGUCCCCCCUGCUAACUUCCUCAUGAGGUCUUCUAGUAAUGACAUUUGGUACCUUGGUGUUUCUAACUGUUGAUUUACAGUUUUUCCAUAGUCCCCACAGACCCUAAUUUGUGACUUUUUUCUUGAGAUAGACUUCUUUCUCACUGGAACUACAGGAGUGCCCCAUUGAUUGAAUUGUACUGGGAGCCAUGCUCCUGAAGAUAUUCCAGCUUCAUAAGCCUCUGCUAGCUCUGCCUUUACUGCAAAUGGAACAUUUCUAGGUUUCACAUAAAUUGGUUGUGCAUUUGGCUUGAACUUAAUUUCUAGCUCCACAUCCUUCAAUAGCCCCAGACCAGGUUCAAACAGCUUCAGGAAUUCCUUACAGAUUUGUUCACAAGCUUGACUCAAUGAGUUUUGAUUAGCAAUGUGAUUUGUACUUGUUUGAAACAGUGCGUCUAUUGAAAUCUUGAGGUUCUUUAUUGCCGUUCUUCCCAACAAAUUUAAGUUGUGGUUGUUCAUUACUACAAAUGACAAAUUUGUAGUUAUUUCCCCAGCUUCAGCCUUUAUCUGCACACUUCCCAAAACAUUAAGUAGGUUACCAGACGCCGACUCGUACUUGACCGAUACUGGGCUCAAUGUGGGUUGUCCCAGCUUUCGCCAAACAGAUUCAGACAUAAAAUUUUCUCCGGCUCCAGUGUCAAUUUUAAAUUCUAACCUCUUUCCUUCUAAAAUUAUUUCUUGAAUAAUGGGCGGGAUACAUUUUAUUUGGUUUUGCCUUCGUAUUCUUUUUAGAUGAAUCAGUUUCUGUUUUGGAGAAUUCUCUUUCUUAUUUAGACAAAAUCUUUCUAGAUGUCCUCUCUUGUGGCAAAAGCGGCAGAACACGUCUUUGCACCUGCAGACAUUUCCUUUAUGGCCUUUUACUCCACACCUGACACAAGUUCCACUUGGGAAAUCCUGUCUGAUCCUAGCUGCCAAUUCUUGAUUGUUUCUUCCGAUUUUCUACUAGAAUCAUCCCAAAAUUUUGAUUACAAAUUUGGUGGGGUAAAAUUGAUCCAUCAUUAUUCUAUAUAUUUCUUCCAUGUUUAAGUCAUUUAAAUUUUGUGGUGGUUCUUUUUAGUUGUCACGAUGGUUGCCAACAUUUGAUGCAGCUCUGGCAUCUGGCUUGUUAAACAAAUGUGUGCCUGCCUUUCCUUUGGCCCAUUAUUUGCCAACAUUUGAUGCAGCUCUGGCAUCUGGCUUGUUAAACAAAUGUGUGCCUGCCUUUCCUUUGGCCCAUUAUUUGCCAACAUUUGAUGCAGCUCUGGCAUCUGGCUUGUUAAACAAAUGUGUACCUGCCUUUCCUUUGGCCCAUUAUUUGCGAACAUUUGAUGCAGCUCUGGCGUCUGGCUUGUUAAACAAAUGUGUGCCUGCCUUUCCUUUGGCCCAUUAUUUGCCAACAUUUGAUGCAGCUCUGGCGUCUGGCUUGUUAAAAAAUGUGUGCCUGCCUUUCCUUUGGACCAUUAUAUGCCAACAUUUGAUGCAGCUCUGGCAUCUGGCUUGUUAAAAAAUUUGUGCCUGCCUUUUCUUUGGCACAUAUUUGCCAACAUUUGAUGCAGCUCUGGCAUCUGGCUUGUUAAACAAAUGUGUGCCUGCCUUUCCUUUGGCCCAUUAUUUGCCAACAUUUGAUGCAGCUCUGGCAUCUGGCUUGUUAAAAAAUGUGUGCCUGCCUUUCCUUUGGCCCAUUUUUUGCCAACCUUUGAUGCAGCUCUGGCAUCUGGGUUGUUAAAAAAAUGUGUGCCUGCCUUUCCUUUUGGCCAUUAUUUGCCAACAUUUCAUGCAGCUCUGGCAUCUGGCUUCUUAAAAAAUGUGUGCCUGCCUUUCCUUUGGCCCAUUAUUUGCCAACAUUUGAUGCAGCUCUGGCAUCUGGCUUGUUAAAAACUGUGUGCCUGCCUUUCCUUUGGACCAUUAUAUGCCAACAUUUGAUGCAGCUCUGGCGUCUGGCUUGUUAAAAAAUGUGUGCCUGCCUUUCCUUUGGCACAUAUUUGCCAACAUUUGAUGCAGCUCUGGCAUCUGGCUUGUUAAAAAAUGUGUGCCUGCCUUUCCUUUGGCCCAUUAUUUGCCAACAUUUGAUGCAGCUCUGGCGUCUGGCUUGUUAAAAAAAAUGUGUGCCUGCCUUUCCUUUGGCCCAUUAUUUGCCAAAAUUUGAUGCAGCUCUGGCAUCUGGCUUGUUAAAAAAUGUGUGCCUGCCUUUCGUUUGGCCCAUUAUUUGCCAACAUUUGAUGCAGCUCUGGCAUCUGGCUUGUUAAAAAUGUGUGCCUGCCUUUCCUUUGGGACAUAUUUGCCAACAUUUGAUGCAGCUCUGGCAUCUGGCUUGUCAAACAAAUGUGUGCCUGCCUUUCCUUUGGCCCAUUAUUUGCCAACAUUUGAUGCAGCUCUGGCGUCUGGCUUGUUAAACAAAUGUGUGCCUGCCUUUCCUUUGGCCCAUUAUUUGCCAAAAUUUGAUGCAGCUCUGGCGUCUGGCUUGUUAAAAAAUGUGUGCCUGCCUUUUCUUUGGCACAUAUUUGCCAACAUUUGAUGCAGCUCUGGCAUCUGGCUUGUUAAACAAAUGUGUGCCUGCCUUUCCUUUGGCCCAUUAUUUGCCAACAUUUGAUGCAGCUCUGGCAUCUGGCUUGUUAAAAAAUGUGUGCCUGCCUUUCCUUUUGCCCAUUAUUUGCCAACAUUUGUUGCAGCCCUGGCGUCUGGCUUGUUAAACAAAUGUGUGCCUGCCUUUCCUUUGGCCCAUUAUUUGCCAACAUUUGAUGCAGCUCUGGCAUCUGGCUUGUUAAAAAAUGUGUGCCUGCCUUUCCUUUGGCCCAUUAUUUGCCAACAUUUGAUGCAGCUCUGGCGUCUGGCUUGUUAAAAAAAUUGUGCCUGCCUUUCCUUUGGCACAUCAUUUGCCAACACGAAGGUCACGUAUCUAGCAUAGUAGUCUGUGAACGUUGCCUCGUUAUUUAUUUAAAUGUGUAAACUUCAUAUUAGUAGCCGUAUUACCUUUUGCUAGUUUCAAAAGUAGCUCGUUCUGCUGUAUGAGCUUCUGGAUAAUGUCAGCUUGGGUCAGAUUUGACUCCAUUAAUAAUAAUAAUAAUAAUAAAGUUCAUUUCAAAAACACUCUUCUUCCCCAAAGGCUCGAAGCACGGUACAAAGUCAACAAAAAACAAAUCUAUACUUUACCACAUUUAAAACAAACGCAACACUGCAGAAACUAAUUACAAAUACAUUGUGUAUUUCCUCCUCCGUCCUGUGAACUCACUCGUGAGUAUCCAACUAUCACUGGGUUGUACUGAGUUGUCCUGAGUUUUGUAUUUAGUUAAUACUUCCCAUCAUACUGUGUUGUUGAUGCUGGUCGAUACCACACUGUUAUGUUUAUACUGGCUAUCAUUUUGGUAUGUUUUCAAUGUUUUUAUUUCAAACAAGUAACAUAAGCAUAUAUACAUAAAUACAAGUUCUCAAUCGGGUGUUGACUUUCUGCUUGCGUUCGGAACACGGUUCAUAAACACACACACUUUAUCUAGGCUCUCUGCGCAUGCUCGCUGUUUCCUUGGCUGGCUAUCGGUACGGUCCAGUCCGCUAGUCCACCAUAACAAAUACUAUGUCUCUUAACAUAAGACAUGCACAUUAAAUAACAACAUCCGGGGCGCAAAAUCAUUAAUGUGUCCCCAACGCUAAAAAAUGUAAACACAUGUAUUAAAACAUAACGUAUUCUAAGCUUAAAUUGCUAUGAGGAAAUUGUAUUCAAGUAUUUUUUUUCCUAGUUGCAAACGUUCAGUGAUAGAGGGAUUUCCAUAAUAUUAGAGCAACUAUUGAAAAUAGAAGAAAAAUAUUAUUUAUACAAGAUCAUAAAACAAGGAGUCAAAUUGGACAAGAUCGUCAAAGUAAUCGAGGAAAUUGUACGUAUAAUAAAUCCAAACUAUUUAAAUAUCAAUUUUUUUAUUUUUUUUUUAUUUUUCUUACACAUAUUUAGAACUUUUCUUUUUUUUUUUCAUUUUAUUGCAACAAAAAUUAAACUUUACUUAAUAAUAGUAUAUAUUAAUGUUAUCCCAGUCUUUCCGACCUGAAAAAAUCACCUUAAAAUGUUAACAUGAUAACAAAUAUAGUUAAGAUAAUUUAUAAAAACUUUAAGGAAUGUUAAUGGAGAAAUUAUUAUUUAUUAAAAAUCUUUUACACAAAAAAUAGUUAUAGUUAAAAUUUUCGUUUCUUUUUUAAAUGAUCAUCAUUUUAAAUUAGUUCAAUAUGAUUAAAUUUAAAAAAAUAAUUUCUGAUCUUUUUAAACGUUAAUUUUCUUUUUUAAUACAAAAACAACAUAUAAGUAUAUGUUUUUAAAUAGACCAAUGUAACUAUCUGUAUACAAACAUUAUAUUUAACUUACUUUUAAUAUUUACAGGGAGAAAAUGGAUUUUAUUACGAAAAUCUUAAAUGUAAGUAAACAAAUUUAAUUUUAAAAUGUCCUAAUAAUUAUAUAUAUAUAUUAAUAAUCUUGGCUAGCAACAAGAUGGCUGCCUUACAAAGUUACAAAUGUAUAUGAUAAUUACAUAAAUUAUAUUUCGGGGAUUUAAUAUUUGUCUUGAGAUAAAGAUGGGUACACUCCUUGCAGGCAUGUAUAGUAUCGUGAUCCUAAUUAAAUUGUAAUUUUAUGGGUGUUUGCCUGUUCUUACGAGGUUGGCCAUCUUUGUUGUAAUCAUAAUCAUCGCUCAUUUAAGCUAAUGGUACUAUUGGUGACACAAUCCGGCAUCAGGGAGGAAAUCGACCUGUGCUGAUAUACUCCAGCAAACAACUAUUGUCAAUGAAUGCCCAGAGUAUACACAUGACGGUUGACCUUGUGUAUCAACUGAAAGAACUUUUCAUUGGUCGAGGCCUGCCUCGGAAGCGUACCCAUCGUGGUGGUUAACUGAAAAUUUAAGCACAAUGCAAGACGAAGCGCCUUUAUCGCGCUGGAUGUUGUAAACAGAGUCCUUUGAAAUAGCACCAUUGCAACAGCCACGUCAAUAUUAUUGCUUGAGGAGAUCGUCACUUAAAGCCAUUUAACGAAGCUUUCGGUAACGAGGUGGACGACGGAAAUCAGCCACCUAACGUGUCAUACGUAUCGACCAUUCCCUACGUGUGAACACUGAAAUAACGACCGGCGGCUCAUGAUUUCACACAACCUCGACGGGGCUUAACAAGAUCAAAUCUAGUUGUUGUUUACUGCUAUCCUGUUGUGACGCUGUAAUCACAUUAUUUCGGAGUGCUGUUUUUCAACUCCAAUUAAUGCAGAACAAGACAAUUGAAGUGUGUGAUCAAUUUUUGGAGAGCAGGGCCAAGUGUUUAUUCAUUACAGAGAUGUGGUUUAAAAUGUCGAUGACGAGAUUAAGCUACUAAAAAGUAUACCGCCAGAUGACGUCCUUCACACUUGCCUAAUGAAGUCGCGAAGGUAUUGCAGUCAUUUAAACGAGAUAUUUCAAGAAUAUUGUGGCGUUCUCAAAAUCAGACGAGUUUGUUUAAUUUGAGAUGUAAAAGAUGCAACUUAAUUAAGGUAACCAAGAAAUGACGUUUCUGUUCAUAUACAGGAAACCACCUAAUACGCAAAUUAGGUUGAAGGUCUAUCAUUUUACUGCAUACUUUCUACAUAUCAUGGACAUUUACGCUUCCACCAACAACAACUUUAUCAUAAUCGGCGACACAAACUGGCAUUAAGAUUCAACCAUCUAAAGCUAUGUGAAGACACUAAAAUCAGUUCUUGACACAUACGGAAUGACUUAAAUUAUCAGUGUCCUAACGCAUAAGCGGAGUCAUAUCCUAGAUUGGCUAGUUGUCAGAGAGGACUGUUUAGCUAUGAUCCGCAAAUUCAUUAUUGAGGACAAACAGAUCUCUUAUAAUUUCCGAAUUACCUUUGACUUUGAAUUUAAGAAGCCAUUGUGCCUUCUUUGCACGUUGCUGCCCUCACGUGCAGUGAAGAACACCCUGUGACAGAUUACAACAGUGGCCUCAGAGUCAUUUUAGACAAACAUGCACCACUGUCCACACAGUUUGUCACAGACAUCCCUUCCGACCCAUAGCUCACCCCCUAAAUAAUGGAUGCGAAGCAGAAGCAGCGACGGGCAAAAUGCCAAUGGCGGAAGUCGGGCUUGACCGUGCACUAAAAUAUCUUCGUUUAUUACAAGGAACGAAAUGAAAGGUCCUUGCAGCUAGGACGCAAUAUGUCAGUCACCAUAUUGUAUAUUGUAGCACACAUAGGGACUUGUUUGGUAGUGUGAGUAAGCUGACAGUUAAACAGAAGACGAAAUGAUGCCAUAUAAGUAGUAGAUAAGGUUCAAAUCAGGGCGCAAAUUGGAGGAUGUUGGAGGAGGUCCUUCGCCAAAGGGCAACAUUUCGAUAAUUAAUUAUUAAUUUUUUGUUAUACAAUUUAGCACCCUUUGAUUUCCGUUGUUGUACAAGGAUAUUACUAGUAAUUAUUUUGAUUAAUUUGAUUAAUAUAAAUUGUUGUGCAUGCAUAUUUUAGUUAAAUACAACCUCAAAGACAACAUUGUACAGAUUUUUCAUGUGUUGUUUUAAGACGGUUUUUUAUCGUAUAACUUUAUUUUUAGUUGGUUCUCAAUUUUCUAUUGACUGGUUGUCAUUUUAAAAAAAAAAUAUAUAUUUUUUAUAAUUAGUAUUUUCAUUGUGUAAUUUGAUUAUUUUGGUGUUAUUGGACAAUGAUUUACAUUAUAUCAUUUAUUGUGAGUAGUUCUCAAAGUAUGAUGGUAAAUUUUGUGUAUUUUCUAAUGAGGGGUUUAAAUUACGUAAUUUUUCAAAUGAGUGGUUCUAAAAGUGUUUUGAUUGUAAUUAUUAAAUAAUUUUGUAUGAGUGGUUCUCAAUUUUCUAUUGAGUUGUUCUCAAUUUUCUAAUGAGUUGUUCUCAAAGUGUUUUGGGUAUAUUAUAUAUAAUAUUUAUAUAUAUAUUUUAAUAAGAUUUCUUGUAUCUUUUAAGUGAUUCUCAAAGUAUGUGGGCCUGUGGUGAUCUGACAUAUAAUAUAUUAGUGUGGAGAUGAGAUCUCCUCUUGGCAAUCUCUCUAUGGAUUCGUUACUUAAGCCAAAUUACCACACAGACUUAAUAACCUAUCUAUAUACAUAUAGUAUAGACUGAAACGAAGUCUUUGGUAAAGGAGAAAUAACUAUGAGUAUUAAUUGAAUUAUAAUAUUUACAAAAGUCAUCCUUUAUACAAUCUUGUCGCUUAACAUAUAUACAUCAAAUGCAUUUCAUCCAAUUAGAAAUGUAUUGCCAGGCAAAGCUAGUGUCCCUAACCUACAAGCGGAUUCAUCAUUAUAUUUUCUAAACGUGUUCAAGUUUUGUGCUUUAUCAUGUUGGACUUGGCCUUUAUAGUAUUAGUGAUGAUCUCGGUGGAUCACACAUUUUGGGAGUCCUUUUGUUCCAGAAGUGGCUUUCUCUCCGGCCUUUGGAGCUGUUCUAGCGUAGCGAAGUCGGAUAUCCCUUUCGUAGAUUCCGUGGGAUAUCUGCGAUGGGGAAGAUGCUUUCCAGCAAUAAAUUGUGGAAGUGAGAGUCCCUGGAUCUUGAAGUCCAUCUAGUAGUUGUCAGGUAGUAGGGUGUAGAUCAAUCCCCAAGAUCUAGCUUCAAAGUAAGUAGGUUCAGUAAUAGAAACCAGGCUAAAGGCAAAUGAUACAAAAAUGGAUAAGUAUCCAAGCGAAUUGCCAUAAGCUUAUAAAUCCCGUUCCACUGGCAACCAAUGCAAAUCGAUGUAUGGAAUGUGACAUAGCUCGUGCAUAUACAUCCAAUUUGUGGAUGAAUUUAUAAGUCUGAUCAUUGUCGGCGUAAGCAGAUUUUGCUUCGCGACAAAGUUGGACCAAAUAAAUAUUUUAAUUAAUAAAGUAUGGGACAUGGUAGCAUUAACAAUCAACAAAAUUAAAGGUAUAUAAUAUUUAAAUUGUCUUCUUGUAAAAAAAAAAAAGACAUGGGCGCUUUUAGAACAACAUCCUACCAUCCCCAUGAUGAGAUGGCGGCGUGUUGUAGUACGCGGCAAAAGCAAUAAUAUAAUUCAUAACAUCAAUAUAAAUGAAUAUAGACAAUAGUAGAAUAAGAUCAAACACGAACGAAUAAUUACGACAUAGACAUAUGAACAAUAUAUGUGCAAGAACAUACUAUCAAAAUCAUGGUUGAGUACUUAAUAGUACUCUAGGCAGCAGUCGCAGUUAAGUAUCACGCUAGUGAAGUACUUAGUCUAGUGACUUCCAGCGUCCACAAUCAAGUUAUCAGAUCAUAAAAGACAUUUUGUUUCUUGUUCAGGCUAUUUAUUCGAAUUGGGUGAUGAUUCGGUGAUGAUUCAAAUGGGUGGUUUAAAUGUUGUAUGCUUUCCCAUCCAAUGACAAUAAAUUUUGAUGUUUCGGGUUUCACCUUCUACCCUCAAAGUUUAUCGGGGUUGGGUGAAAAUCCAGAUUCACGCUUCAGCCUGGGUUUUCUGAUGCAUUAGUGCAAUAACAACAAGGGACGAUACUGCAAUUUGCUGUCUCCAGGGCAAAACUUAGGGAGAGGGGGGGGGAAAUGGUAUUAUUUUCUCAAGGUUCAUCGGUGAGAGUGGUUGAACACUAAUUGCACGCAUUGGGGGUGAGAGACUUUUUGUAGAAAUGCGAGAACACUAAGGGGAGUAAAUCGGGCUUGAUACUGCGGGGCAAAACGUGGGGAGGGAAUGGUAUUAUAUUAGAUGGGUUUUCAAGGGCGUUGUUGAGGGGGAAGAAAUUUUACAAAGUACAGCCUAAGUUCGUCACAUGGUCCAUUUGGUUGCAAUUUUUAUUUUUUCUUGUAUACUAAUUAGUUUUUUUAUUUAUUUAACGUGAUUUUCAAAGGGUUGGUGGAUCGAUUUUCUAAGAAGUGGUUCUCAUUAUGUUUGAAUCAUAACGAGUUUUCUUCUUGUUAUGGAAUCUUUUUUUUAACAAAUAAGAUUAUUGAAUUUUAUUGUUGAGUAAUAAAAUAUUUCUGAUUUUAAGGCGUUCUCAAAGUAUGGCGGGUAUUUUUUUGAGUGUAUUUUUAUUUUUUUCUUGUAUUUUAAUUAGUUUUCUUAUUUAUUUUAAGUGGUUAUCACUAUGUCAGGGUCGAUUCUCUAAAAAAAAAAACAUUUCCCUUGUAUAUGGGUCGGUAGUCAUAACAGAUGUUUUAAGCUUCUUCUUGUCAAUUUUAAGGAUCGAGUAGGGUCCUAAUUAAAGUUAUUGUAGUGUGUUUUUUAAAUUUUUAGGCUGGUUGGGUUGUACUUUAAAUUAGUUUUCUUAAUAAUACGAGAACCAUUGCCUACGAUUUUCCCGUACCUUAAGUGCGGACAUUGACUAACAUACCAUAAUAUCUGACCGCGGUUGUGUGAGUAAUAUUAUCUAUUAAACAAGGCCUCGGGCGGGAUGCGCGAAACGUACAAUGGAAUGUACGCAUUAAAACGCAUUACCUGGUCUGGUCAUUGAGUAAACGGGGUGAAUAUGGCGUGGGAAAAAACACUCCGACGGUAUGGGUGGGGUUGGAAUGUGAGCACGAAUGGGAGUGGUACGAAGAGUUUAUUUUGAACGGAUUUUCCCUUGCUUAGGAAAUAAUUUGAACAGAUUUUCAAAAUCGCUAUUAUUAGUCAUAAGGAGGAUCUUAUCGAGUGAUUCUCAAUUUUCUAUUGAGUGGUUCUCAGAUUUCUAUCGAGUGGUUCUCAAAGUGUUUUGAUUGUAUUUUUUAUUUACGGAUUUUCAAAGUCACUAUUAUUAGUCAUAAAGAGGAUCUUAUCGGUGAUUCUCAAUUUUCUUUUGAGUGGUUCUCAAUUUUCUAUUGAGAGGUUCUCAAAGUUUUUCGGGUAUAUUUUUUCUUAUUCUUCUAAUUAGUUUUCUUUUAUCUUUUAAGUGGUCCUCAUAGUAUGUGUUGGUUGUUUUUCGACCAGGAGGUUCUCAAAGUGUUUUGAUUUUAUUUUUCUCAUUUUUUAAAUUAGUUUUUUUUUAUAUUUUUAGUGGUUUUAAUUAUGCAAUUUUCAUUUUUUUUACUACUCAACGUUAAAAGUCAACCCAACCUAAGUACAAAUAAGGUGCAGAGAACCCAUGCCCAUAGGGACACAAGUCCAUGUCUAGGGUUAGUUGUCAUGACCGGCUUAUUACUAAAAGAAUGGUUCUCAAAGUGUUUUGGGAUAUAUUUUUUAUAUUUUUCUAUAUUUUUUAUUAGUUUUCUUGUAUAUUUUAAUUAUUUUAGUGGUCUUAAUUAUGUAAUUUUCUAUUAUUUACUAAGCAUCUUUAAAAGACAACCAAACAUAAAAACAAAUAGGGCGCAGAGAACCCAUGCCCAUAGGGGAACAUGCCCAUAGCUAGGGUUAAGCGGGCAUGAUCGAAUUAAAUCCAAAAGAUAGUGAUAAGAACACUCCCCCUAUUCCCUGUUAGCACAUCUACCAUAGCAUAACAACCCCCCCCCACCCCCAUUACUGGACAGGUCUAACUUUAAUGUUUACAGACAAGGAGUGGAGAGGAAAAAAGUUUAAGAGCUAAGUAGUCUUAACAAAGACCCACCAAGUGUCUGAACAUAUAUUUCCCACAGCUAUUCAUCCUACCACGGAGUCUGUAAACAAAGCAUUGCAACAACAAAUUAAAAAAAAUAGGGUUGUGUUUUUUUAUACUGACAGUAGUACCUCUUGGGUCUUCCACAGUAGACCUCUUUUCAUAAAAAUCACUAGGCAUUCCAAUCAAUCUCACCGAUAGCCCCGUUAAACGUUAAAAAUGGACGGAUUUGACCCUACACUUAUUUUUCACAUCAGGUCAUCCCUCCACCCGUCAUGAGUCAUGAGACUAUGGGUAGACACCUGCACGUGCGGGGCAUGUCUGUAAGCAUGUGUUUUAGCCCAAGGGCUCUUAUGUGUUUGACUGAAAGAAUGAGUGAUGUUACUAUAGCAGGAGUCUAUGCAUUAACAUGUCGGUCUUUUAGAAAGAAUUUAAACCCAUUUGUUUAGAUACAAAUUUCUCGAGGGUCUGAGGGUAGACACAUCCAUUACACGUACAGGAAGGGGAGGGGGGUUGUAUCCAACAUAAUUUGUAUUUAACAAAAAACAACAUAUAAAAAAUAACAGGUGUUAUACAUUUUAAUUGUUUUAUUGACAUUAUUUUUACAAAUUUAGCUUUUUAAAAAUUAAAUGAGGACCCUUGUGUUUUUACAAACUUACGUUUGUCCAGGGGCUGGCGUUAUCUUGAGGCGACUACCAUGGACAGGGCGAUAAAUCCUACAAAUCCAAUAGCAGUAUAUCAAACACCUCUCCAUAGCUUUUCAUCCAGGUCUCCUUGGGCUGGAAAAAACUCAACUAAUCCAUCCUGAAAUUUAAGAAUAAUACAUAUAGUUAAAGUAUAAUCUAUGUUUUUUCUUUGUGUCCAACGAUAACGUAUAAUUUCCUGACUGAAAGCCUUGCCUAUAGGGCGCCAAGAAUAAUACUAUUUUUUAUUAACUAUGCUAUAGUAUUUAGGUCUACUUAAACAAUUAAAAAAAAAUCCUCCAUUGUUGAGAAUCCAUUUUCCAAGUUUGUUAGCAACAUAUUUUCCAACAAAUAAGGCACGCUUCUUUUGGUAAGGUAUGGACCUCGAAGAAUAUGAAUCAUUUAUUUUAGAUGCUUGUUCAUUUUUAUUAUUCUCAAUUUUCUUAGCAUGUCUUGCAGCUAAGGCGUAAACAGCAUUAAUCUUUCCCCAGUUUACUUGUCCAUCAUCAAAGAUUUCAUCAGCAACAAUAACAAAAGUUGGAAAUGCAUUGGUUUCAACUGGUUUUAGUCUGUUGACAAUUUCUUUAAAAACUAAAUCAUGUCGAUCUGACAGCUCUUGAACAAUACGUCGCAAGGUGGUACAACAUGUAUCUGGAGGUUUUUUAGGAUUCACUUGAUCGAAAUUAAUAAGUACAUCUACUGCCAUAGACUCUUCCGCACGACAAAUUUAAUCCAAUGGGGAGUUGGAAAAUGUCAGGGUACUAUCUUCCAUCACUCUUGCAAUAUCGAAUAUUCUAGGGGCUGAAAAACACCAAACCGUUGAGUUACUUGGGCAAAUACAUUUUUGUUAGAGCCAGCCAUUAGUUUAAGGGAAUGAUGUUUCAAAUCCAUCGGUCAUCAGGAGCACUUUUCCACAUUUUGAACACAAAAAUAAGUAAAAACGAGACAAAUAUAAGAAAAAUUCAAUUAAAAGUUGUUGUUUGUUUAUUUUAGAUAGUAAGACAUUUUAAAUAAUGGCUCAUUUCAUCCACAUUAUCAGUCAACUUCUCAUGGAUAAAAGCAAAAUCCGUUUCAAAGACAUCAAGAAAGUGUUGAAACGCUUGAUCCAAACCCGAGUUUAGCAAAGUCAGCAAGAAUAAUUCAGAUAGAGUUAUAAUAUCUUUAUGACUGAAAAUGUCCUCCCACUCGGUUGUGGUAAAAAUGACCCUUUGCACCAUACCAGUGAGAAUGUAACGGGGAGCUAAGUUAUCCACACGAAAUGUCCAAUUUUUAAGUAGGACUGUUUUAUCUGUGUGUUUCAUCUUACACAAUACCACGUGCAGUAUGUGCUGAUCUUGAUAAAAUAAAUCCAGAGGUUCUCAAUCAACGAAGCGGGUCCAAAAUCCAACGGUUCUCUCAUCUAUCCAACAACUUGAUUAAUUUUCUCUUUAAUUUCUAUCUUGAUUUUUCUAUAGUUCACAGACUAUUUUGUAUCUCAAUCACAAGUCUCUUUAACUUUCCAACCAAGUGGGAAAUUUACAUUUUUACAAGUGCAACUUCAUAGAGUUUACGUUACCAAACGCUUGGCACAGAUGUGCUUUCCAAUCUCUCUCCCUCAGCUCGACUAUUAUCGUUUUUGCCAACAACCCUCAACAACAUGCCCUCCCUUUCCCUACCAAACUUUAAGAUGAUUAGCUACCUUCACAUAACAAACUUAACAAUCUUGUUCGUCUCAGCUUGACGCUUAAAUUUUGUUUCCCACUGUCAAAGGUAUGAGAAUCACUGUUGUUAUGUGUAGAUUAUUGUUUCAAUGUUUGAUAGGGAAAAGAUGUUUAGUCAAAGAUUUUAUGUGUAGCUGUAUCGUUUGUGUGAGAGUGUUGUGACGUAAUUGGGUAGUGGGAAGUGACGCGUUAGUUUUUUGUUGUUGUUAGAGAAGAUAGAUCUCGGUUGUUGUGCUAAGAGAAUUGAUGGCGGAUAUGCCUGUGACUGAGGAUGAGGUGAGGCGAGUCAUCAUCAGGUCUGCUCCCAAGUCUUGUGCCCUCGAUCCUAUCCCCGUCCCACUGCUUGUAGAAUGCCUUGACGUCCUCCUCCCAGCACUCACCUCCAUCAUAAAUUCUUCGAUUCUCUCUGGCAUAUUCCCUCCCAUUUUUAAACGGUCGAUUGUCCUGCCACUCCUAAAGAAACCCUCACUUGAUCCAAACACACUCAAGAAUUACCGCCCCGUCAGCAACCUCUCCUUUCUCUCAAAAAUCAUAGAAAAACUCAUACUCUCUCAGCUCUCUGGCUAUCUUCAUUCUCGCAAUCUCUAUCCUUCCUCUCAGUCCGCCUACCGACUUGGUCAUAGCACAGAAACAGCACUGGUCCGAGUCAUGAGUGACCUCCUGCGCGCGAUGGACGAUGGCAAACUCUCUAUUCUCACUCUGUUAGAUCUCUCUGCUGCAUUUGAUACCAUUGACCACCAGAUUCUUCUUGACCGCCUUCAUCUUUCUUUCGGACUUACUGGCUCAGCUUUAAACUGGUUUCAAUCAUAUCUUUCUGACAGAACUCAAAAAGUCUCUAUUUCCAACCGCUCUUCCAAACCUUCAGCCCUGUCUAUUGGAGUUCCUCAAGGAUCGGUCCUUGGGCCGGUCCUUUUCAUCCUCUACACUAAACCUCUAUCAUCUCUCAUUAGCCACCACUCAGUUUCCAGUCAAUCCUUUGCUGAUGACACUCAAAUCAGUGACUCUUGCUUUCCUGAUCAACUUGAUGCCACAAUCCUUCGCAUACAGGAGUGCGUGGACGAUGUAAAGCGUUGGAUGACUUGCAACAAACUGAAGCUAAAUGAUGAUAAAACGGAAAUCCUUCUCAUCCACUCUCAAAACAAACCUCUCCCUCCAUUCGCUCCUUCUUCUAUAUCUAUUGGCAACUCUGACAUCACACUCUCUCCCUCUGCCAGAAACCUUGGAGUCACGCUUACGGACACCCUCUCCAUGGACAAACAUGUCACGAAUAUAUGCAGAUCAGCAUAUAACGAAAUUAGAAAAAUCAGCACCAUUAGACACCUCCUCUCCUUUGAUGCCACAAAAACUCUCGUCUCUUCACUCAUUCUUUCAAAAUUUGACUACUGUAACAUUCUUCUCUCAGGCAUUCCUCAACACCACAUAGAAAAACUUCAGAAGGCACAGAACUCAGCAUGCAGACUCAUUUUUAAAUUAAAGAAACAUGACCACAUUCAACCACACAUGCGGCAACUCCACUGGCUUCCAAUAUCCUCUCGCAUCAAAUACAAGUCUUCCAAUCUUUGCUUCAACUCGUUCACUGACCCUCACUUUCCUGUCUAUCUCUCUGAACUGUUGCUUCCUUACAUCCCCACAAGACAACUACGUUCUUCCAUUGACAGUAGAACCCUCUCAAUCCCAAGAACUAAAACUAAGACCAUCGGUGAACGCUCCUUCUGCUUCCAUGGGCCCACGUUCUGGAACCAGCUCCCCUUCCAUAUACGUCAUAGUGAAACCUCGUCCAUUUUCAAAAAGUCCCUUAAAACUCAUCUGUUUAGGUCCGCCUAUGACCUGUGAUGCACCCUCCUUGCCCUACCUAAUUUUCUGUUUCGGUUUAAUCCUGAAGUGUCAAAGUGUCCUCUUUUUAUAGCCAUUUUCAUUGUUUCUAUAGAAUAGUAGUUACUAUCCUAGUGUCUCAUUUGUAUUUACUUAGUUUACAUGUUUUAAUAAUUGUAAUAAGAGCUUUAUGAUAAGCGCUAUAUAAAAAUGCAUAAAUAAAUAAAUAAAUAUACUGUAUGAAUUGUUUGGAUUGGUAUAUUGAUUAAUAUUUAGUUGGAAUGAUUUGAUUAUCAAAUUCUGAAAUUAUACAUGAAGUCUUGUUCAUCGUGUAGUGUUAAAUAAACUACUAUCUAGCUACAAACCUGUUAAAGUUGGUUGUAUUAGUAACUGUUGAUAUUAGCUAUAUUGUAUACUAGUAGACACUCAUUGCCAUGAGUGAAUAAUUACAACACAACGGAUUCAACGUCUCCACACCAACCACACCUAAAAAUCCCCCCCCCCUUUGCAAACUUUACGACAUGUCCAGCUACCACAUCAUAACUCCCCGUUAAUAGUUUCUUUUUCCCCGCCACAUCUAAAAAUGUUCCCCCUCUGCAAACUUUACGACACGUUCAGCUACCACAUAAUAACACGCCGUUUGUGUUUUGUCUUUGUCAACCGCCAUCUUUUAUCGUCCCAUCUGGUCAUUCACAAAUAAAAUAUGUUCCCAGUCAACCGUUAUCACUUUACACAGAUACCAUAACAUAACUGGAUUUUUCUCAAAGACAAUUUUUAAUUGUUACCAUGCAGUAUUUUAAUUGUUACCAUGCAGUGUUUUAAUUUUGACCAUGCAGUGGUUUAAUUUGAACAUGCAAGCUUUUAAUCGUUACCAUGCCGUUGUCAACUAAUUUUCUGUCUAACUUACAAACCGCCGGGACUCCUCCUCCUCCUCCUGGGAUACUGACGAAGCUAUGUUUGGUAUCUGCUCAAAACCAACCUACUUUGAUCUGAGCAUUUCUUUCUCCCCCUCUCCUCCGAAAAUUUCCUCUUUGCCUUAACCUUCUUUGAUCUGAUCCUUUACGCCUCCUCCUUGGCUCCAAAGAAACUGAGGUUGGUCUCCUCUUAUUUAAAACCUUCUUUGUUCUAAGCCUUUAUUAUUCAUCGUUCUUCCCUGUCAUAAGAUACUAACGAAGCUGAGUGUAGUCUUCUCUCAACCGCAACCUCUUGUGUUCUAAAUCUUUCUCUUCUUCCCCCUCCUCAAGAAAAGAGCCUUCUCCUCCUACGAAAUAUUUUUAUCAUUUUUUGCAAUUUUAUUUUUAUUUUACGAUGCUGUUGUUAUUUUUUACCUGUGGUUGAUUCUUGGUAGUUGUGCUUUGUGAGUUGUCAGUUGUGAUUUGUGAUGUUUGGGUUUUGGAAAUUGCUUCGUGAGUUUUUAGCUGUGAGUUGUAAGUAAGAAGUUGUGCGUUUUGGGAUUGCUUCGUAAGUUGUAAGAUGUGAAUUGUGCUGUGUACAUUUUGAGGUGUGAGCUGUGUGUAGACUCUGAGUGGUGUUAGUUUAAUUAAGUGUCAAGAUGGGAAAUCCAAACUUGAUAGGUGCAAUAAGUGUGUAGAUCACAUGGGAUAAAUAUCCUGGGCAUGACAUGAAUGAAAGGAAUAGUGAAAUGUCUAGUCAUGUAACUGGUUCAUAAACUUGGAAUACAAGUGGUUUGGUAGUCGCUCAUCUCGUAAAAUGGGAGUUAUGUGUUUGAGGACACGAGGAUAGUUGCGUUGGAAAAGUUUAGUUACAAUAGUUGAUAUGAAAUUUGGUUCUUUGGGCCGAUGAACAGUUAAAAACAGUAUGGUUAAGAGGUGUUGUGAAACCUGUGUAACCCAUAUUAAUUUUGAGUGAUGUGGGACAUAUUAAUAAUGUUGGAAUGUGGACUUGCAUGGGGUAGCUUGAAAGAUGUUGAAAGAGUUGAGAUGAUCAGAAAAAAGAUGGAGGUAGGAAGAGUCGUUAGAUGACACGGAGAAAAAAAUGAAAGUGGCCAGAGAAGUCAAAACACUAAUGGGUUGUUAUGCUAUGGUAGCUGUCAAUGUCGUAAAGUUUAAAUGGAAGCCCUUUUUUUAGCUUGUGAUGGGGAAAAAGAAACUAGUAACGGGGUGUUAUGCUGUGAUAGCUGGACGUUAGACAGAAAUCUAGUUGAGUUCUGUAUGGAAAGAUAUUGAGAGAGAGAGAGAGAGAGAGCGGCCAGAUGAAAUUAAAUUUUGGCGUGGUAAAGAUUAAAAUUUUACUUUCAGAAAAAAAAAGCCUUUGACUAAAUUCAGAUGUCCCAACGGUUGGUAAGUUAGACAAAAAGUUAUUUGAUAAUGGCAUGAUAAUGAUUAAAACACUGCUUGGUAACAAUUAAAACACUGAAUGGUAACAAUUAAAACAAUGCAUGUUAACAAUCAAAACAAUUUUUAGAACAACUCAUUAGAUAAAAUUACGUAAUUUAAACCCUUCAUUAGAAAAUACACAAUUUUUACCAUCAUACUUUGAGAACCACUCACAAUAAAUGAUAUAAUUUAAAUCAUUGUCCAAUAAUACCAACACGAUCAAAUUACACAAUGAAAAUACUCAUAAAAAUGUUUAAAAAAUGACAACCAGUCAAUAGAAAAAUUGAGAACCACUCAAUUGAAAAUUGAGAACCACUCAAAAUAAAAUAAUAUAAAUAAAUACCUUCGUAAAAAACACGUUAAAAAUCUGUACAAUGUUGUCUUUGAUGAUGUAUUUAAUUUAAAUAUGCAUGCACAACUAUUCAUAUUUAACAAAUUAAUCAAAAGGAUUACUAAUAAUAUAGUUGUCUUACAACGAAAAUCAAAUAGAGGUAACUUUUAUAACAAAACAUUAAUAAUAAUUUAUCGAGUUAUAGUGCCUUGACGGAGGACCUCCUCCAACCUCCUCCAAAUUGUGCCCUGAUUUGAACAUUAUCUACUACUUAUAUAUAUAUAUUAUAUUUGAAUCUUUAGGUUUAAAGAUUAAUACAAUUUUAACAUAAUUUUUAUGUUGCAUUUAAAUUUGGAAAAAAAGAUAUAUUGAACAGGCUACAUUUAAUAAUUUGAGGAUCACAUAUAAGGUUAUAUAAAAUUAAAAAAAAGCGUAGCGUCUUAUUACCCGACAGCCAACAUUUAAGCUUAAAGAGUAUGAUUAUUUUUUUUCAGAUUAUGUAAUAUUUAGACAUAAACAUAUAGUUUCAAAAUCUAAAUAUGUUUCCAGAAUUUCAUUGUAAUCAUUAGUAUAGCAACCAACUUUUAAAAUUAAUUAUCAAUAUUAAAUUCAUUGUUAGUCAAUUAACAAUACAUUGUUAAAUGUAUUUAAAUAAUUAGCAAAGCAACUAUAUAAUUAAUAAUAUUUUAAAAUUUUCACACAAAAUAUAUUUUUCUAUUUAAUGAUUUUGAAAGAUCCUUUUGUUGUAUUGUUUUUGGAUUUAAAAAGUAAAUUAAAUUACCCUUUUAAAAUUAAAUAAUGAUGAAAUUAUUACACAUCAAUAGAAGCUAUUUUUUCGUGUUCUAUUUGAAUCAUUUGUCAUUUAGCAAUUUUAGUGUAUAAAUUCAUUUCAAACAAGAAGUUCAGUGAUUGGAUUGGAGUUACAGCUGCUUUGUUUAUGGUACACAAAAGGUUUAUCACACAUUUUGUUACUAAUGUCUUAUUUAAGUAUAAGUAUAAAACACAAUAAAUGAACAUACAAUAAGUGAAAUAAUAUGAAUGCGACACUCAAACCAGGGUUAAAUACAAUUAAUGCCUUUUAAUAUGUUAAUAAUAAAUUUAAAAAUUCAAAGAAACAUAACUAAGGCUAUCGACUUACAUUAUAAUGAAUUCUUGUACCGGUGCAAUGUUGUAAAAAUACAAAUGUUGUUAAAAGAAACAGUUAUGUAAAGGAAUCUACACACACAAAGUAAGCAAAGUUCGUGUUUCUUUGGAAAACAAACACACGCUCGAUAUAUUUUGUGAUAAAAAUGAUAGAACCCACAAAAUAGCUCGCCUAUUCUUUUUAUUUUCCGUUUUACUGAUAUUUCUAGAAAAACUUUACACAAGGGUUUCCUUUCCAGAUUUCUCCAGAACAAUCUACAUCAUUCUAAAGAAACAUAUUAUUUAUUGUAUUUAGUGGUGAACAAGGUUAAGAGAGACUAUUUUUAGCUAGCAGCGGCCCAAAUGGCUUUCGAGCUUAAGGCUGGCUAGAGUUCAUAGCCUGCGCAAAUAUGACAUUGACAUAUCGUCUAUAUAAAAACUUAAUGUUUGAUCAUUUCUUUUUUUUUAAAAAUAUUUUUAAAGUGUGGCAAAUUUCUACACAUUAAGGACACACGAAUUUUCAUAACUUCAGCUUUUUUAAGGCAUAAAAUAUAUGGUUGACUAUUGAUUCAAAAUGAAGAUUUUGUUUGUCAUGUUACAUUAUUAUUAAUUUAGGCGCUAGGUUUUUUUUAUGUCUCUAUUUGUUUAAUAACUUGAUUUUUCUUUAUGAGAUCUGCAUUUGAAUGAUUUCACAUUUUGAAUUGAUAACGAAUCUUUUUGUUUUUUAAGACAUUCAACUGAAGAGUAUUUAAUUUUUUUUUUAAAUUAAAUUUUUUGAGAAAUAAUAUCCGAGGGUGGGGGAGGGUAAUGAAAAUGUGACAGAGAAUAAUUUGGUGAGAUUAAAUAGGGAGGAGGGAAGGAAAAAUGGGAAAGUAAGUCAUGACGUGGAGCAGCGGAGCUAGGCUCAAGCUAGAAAUAGAGAUAUGACGUUGAUACCAUGUGGUGACAAUGUGACAUAUGUCAGGAUUAGUUGGUUUUCCAAAUUCACCCGACCGGAUGUGUUUGUGCUAACCACGAAAGCAUAUAUUGAAAAGUUCGUCGUGCCCUUUUGGUCACUUCUAAUAAAGUUUGGUCCUUUCUCCUUAGCGUACGAGAUCUUUCAGCGGGUGACAACAAUUGUGGAGAAAAUAUUACGACCAGUGCACAAGAAACAUACGAGUAUCUGAAAAAUGCACUUAUGGAAGCGUAUGCGUGGUGUCUGGUCGACAAUAUAUCAAAUGUUGCAAAGGCUGAGUCCACAUGACUUGGUCUCACAGUGAGAGGGGGAGAAUCGAUGUGACUGCACACAUAUUUUUAUCAAGUCUUCAAAAAAGAAUGGCGGGGAAGAGAAAUGUUCCGUGUUUCAGUGUCCGCGAGAAGUAUAGUAUAAUUUUUUUUUCUGAUGGGAGUUAAAUUUCUUUGAGAACUAAGAGGCAGGAUGAUCAACACAGUGGUCAUCUUCUUUAAAGGAAAACUUCACCAUUUCAACGUCACUGGAAUCUACAGCUGAUUUCAACUGUUCGUUAAUGUCUGGUGCAAUGAGUCUUGCACUUAGCCUGCGUGUUCAUUUCGAAAUUCUUUUAUGAGUCAUGAAAAACCUCUCUGAAAUUUGUAUGGACUUCGGGAGAGAAAAAGCCCUUGAACUUUGAACAUUUAUUUUCAGCAGUUGUAUGACGAAACGUACAAGCGGAUACUUUGUGUGGGAUACUAGAAUAUGUGGUCUUCUCAGUUUUCUUAUUGAGUUUCUAACACUCGUUUCUAGUAUGUCCUUUUUUACAUGUGACACCUGUGUCUUUUGUACCUAUUUAUUUUGUACCAGGCUUGCAUGAAUUCUGUUGACGUUUACUAUAAGUCGAUGCUGUUGUUUUAGUGUGCUGGUUUUUUUUUUUUUUUGGUGUCAAAUUGAUUCCUUGGAGUUGAUGUGUGAUGGUGCAAUCAUCAGCUAACACUGCUGCCGUAUGUGUGUCACUGUUCAACACGGUCUGCAAUGUGUAUUUGCACGUCUGUACGAACACAAUUCUUGAACACCUUCAUCAUAAUGAAGUUCUUGAAAUUGUUGAUGUCUGUGUUCUUUGCCGGCAGCCACGUGUCCAGGAGUCGUCCUUUUCCUGGAUGAGUUCUACAUGAGUCUGGUCAUUACAUUUCUACAGCUCCCUAAAAUUUUUAUGGUUUGCUUCAAAAACACAUUCAUAAGCCUUAAGUAUUAAGGAUUUUACAGGGUUAUAGUUCCCGCGCUGUUCCGCAUUCAAGGACACACAAACUUCGGCUGCGCUUUCCACAUAGGACUAGUUGCAGUAAAAAGGACCACAUAUUUUCCGGAAUGUUAAUAGUUUUGGCAGUUUUUUCAAACUGUGCAAUAUAUUGGUCAACCUAAUUUUCUGCAAAUUUUGGUAAUACCUUUGCAAAUUUAAUUGCAUCAGAAACCUGACUAAUAGAACCAAGAGGCUUUUUUUUAACUGCCCCCAAAAUGGCCGUUAUUUCCAUUUCUUUUAAUUUUAUUUAUAACUUUUUCUGCUCUUCUAGUUUCAUUAUUUAAGCUUUCGUUCUUUAUCUCUCUGAGCACGUAGUUCCAUUUGUUUAAGCUCUUGUUCAUUUUCAAGCGCCAGCUGUUUGAGCUUCAAUUUGAGCUCCAUACUAUAAUCAUACGGUUGUGUGAUUGAGGCCAGUUUGUCCUACUAUAACACAUCUUUAUCCACCAAGAGGACGAUGAUCAUAUCUCAUAUAGUCUUUUUUAAUGUUGAAUAAACUCUUCUUAUCCAUAAAUCUUUAGCAAAAUACAUUUUGAAACAGGCAAAAUAUAACACUAAAUUUUAUAUAAAAAAAGAAAGCUAAGUAAACACAAUUUUUAAAAUUGAAUUUAAAGAAAAAUUGUAAUUUACUCUGUUAUUUAUUCUUAAAAUGGUAUCGUGCACUAAAUUUAGUCUGAGUAUAUUAUAGUAAACACUGGGUCAAAAUAAAUAAAAAAAAACACUGAAUUUAUUAUUGUUGUGAUAAGAAAAUUUAUGGAUUCAAAUAUCCAAGUGUGAUCCCAGACUUUGUUAUUGUGGAGAUUUGUAAGAUAUAAAAAAACGGAUUCAGGUAAAUCCCAGGAAAAGCCAACAAUUUGUUAAAUUGGGGACUUGUAAGAAAUAAAAAAAAAAUGUGAUUAUAGUACUCACGGACGAGCAGACCAAUGUGUUACGCAUUUCCUUAUAUUUUCGGAAAUUAAUCACUUUUUUAAAUUUAUGGCAGUUCCAACGGUGCCUAACAAAGGACGAUACCAUUAAGAAAUACAAUAGCAAAAUACCACAACCAAAACAGUUAAAAUCACAAUUAAUAAGAUUUAUUUUAGUAUUAAUACAAUUACAAAAUAAAAAUAAAAUUACAAAUCAUCAACUUACAGAGUAUGGUAGAUCUUGUACCGGUAAACAGUUAGUUCAAUGUGCAAAUUAAUAAUGACAAAUAAACACAUAUUAGUACACACAUAAUAAUACACUUGUCUCGUGAAUUAAAAAAAAUAUCUAUCUUAAUCCAUGUGAAUCCCUGAAUCCCCUUAUUUAUAUAUUGGGUCUACUGACGCAUUCAGAAACGCCUUCCAUGUUUACUUUUCUAGUUCAAUCACGAAUAUGCCACAAAAUACAACGAGAAACAGAUUAAUUAUUUUUAGUUGGUAUCGAUAGUAAAUACGGCAAGAUGAAAGGGAAACAGGCCAAGCCCAAAACCAACGUAGUCUACUUUUGGUCAAACAAAGUUAACGGCACGGGGAAAGUGUAACGUAACACGACCUACAUAACAAUAGGAUAUAGGGUGGGAUGAUGAGUAAAGUAGAUCGCUGUGGCUGUCAGUAGGCUUAAGGAAGGCAGAGUAUGUGUAAUCUGUCCUUGUGAAGGGUGACUGUUAUUUACAAAAACAUGACUGAUGAUCUAUUAAAUUUUACUCCCUUAGAGAGUAACGACCUUUCGUCAUCAGGGAGUUUAAAGUUCAGUGGGGGUGAAGCAAACAACUAAGUUGUUACCAUUUACAGUUUGAUGAGGUGUUGAGCUGUUUGUGGCUUAAGAUUUUGUCUUCUUCCUUUUGUUGGUAGAGAGGAAUCGGUACAGUUCCCGAUUAAGUUGGUGGAUAAUCGUUCUAAUUAGUUCAAAAGAUAAAUACUAUUAGAGGUAUUAGAGAGAAUGCGAUCAACAAGUUGGUAGAUGAUUGUACUGUGGUCCGCAAUGAGACGCUAUUGUUUGUGUGUAAGAAUACCCAUACGUUGAAAGACUAUCUCUUUCUGAAAAUAUUGAAUUCUGGCCAUGACGUCAGAGUAGAGUGAGCCGGUCACCGGGUUGAAAUUAGUAAACCUUGGAGAAUAAUGCUGACUUGUAUGAAAGUAUGAAGAAAAUUAAGAUGUACAUUGCAUCUGGAUUUCUUAAAGAGAGUGAAUGCAUGUUCCUUACAGUCGGUAGUUAUGUUUGGUGGUAUUAAACUAAAGACAGUAAAGAUAAAGGAGCAAAGUUGGUAAUUAGUUGGCAUAGUGGAACAGUGUUGGGCAAGAGUAAGGGGAUGUCAGUAAGAGGAAAAAAGUCUGCCAAUAGAGAUAAAAGGAAAGUCGAUUUGAGACCGAGGAUAUGUAGCAAAAGUAUUAAGUGCGUAGAAGAGAAAAAGUAAGAAAAAAUAUGAUACUUUAUCGACAUAGAGAAAUAAUAAAAGGGGGUAAUGAGACGGAAACAAACGCCUCUUAGCAGUUAAGUAGCAAAUGUAAAGAUGUAAUAAGGGAAGACGCAGUCAACAACCGCUGGUAAAUAAAAUAAUUUUAAAAAGCAAUUAGGUUUGAACGGCAGGAAGUAGUCAGAGAGGCAAUGCCCAAAAUUGGCUGUAGCGCCACAGGAAUUGAUGGAUAUCAUGCAUAAUUUAUGUGUUCUGCAGAUUUAAGAAGGAUUUUUUUUUCUUGGCUUAAUGUUUGAAAACAAUUGUCAUUACAUUUUCAAUCGCUUUCAUUUAAACAAGCUAAAAACUCAAAUCUAUAGAUUUUAUUAUAUCAAUAAAAAAUAGAUUUGUAAAUUUUCCGCUUAAAAAAUAUUAAAUACAGUUUAAAUAAUGUUUUGUUAAUUAAUAAUAGUAAAAGGGUGUUUAAAAUCUUCAAUGAACUUAAAAGUAAAAUUGUAUUUUCAGUUUGUACUUUGAUGUUCAGAAAGUCAUGCAGUACAGGUUUUUGCAUAUCUAACAAACAUUGUUUGCGUACUUUGUCAUUGAAGAUGCUAUGCCUUUAUACUUUUAAGAACAAUGCCAAUCGCUAUUAAACAUUUAUGAAUUCAACUGAAUUUUUAAACUGCAAGGGUUUCUCUAAUUGUAUUUUUAAUUGCCUUUACAUGUUCUUUAUUUCAAUUCAGUACUUAAACGAUGCAUGACUUUAUCUGAUGUUGAAGAACAGAAAAUACUUUUAAAAAUUGUAUUGGACAUGAAAAAAAAGCCCCAUAAAGUAAUUGCCAAAGUAAGUUAAUGAAAUUUUGUUUUCUAUAUUAUUUCGAGAUUUAUAUCUCCUCAAAUAAGAGAUUUUAUAUAAAACCAAUAUUUAUAUUUAAAGGAAUAUCAGAUGCAAUAGGGUGUAACGUUUCUUAUACCACAUUUUUGUUUAAUUAUGAAUUUCCUAUUAUAUUUUAAAAAACAAAAACAAUCUGUUUUAGGGACAUGACUUGAGUGAUGAAGGCAUCUCUAUAAUAAUAGAGAAAAUGUGGGUAGAAAACACUAUAGAUGUUUUAUACAAGAUAAUAAAAGGAGGCGUCAAAUUGGAAAAGAUACUUCAAGUUAUAGAGGACAGUGUAAGUAUACUAAACAUACUUUUUAAUAUAAAGAAUUUUGAUUUUUUUAAAAAAAAAAACAAAAAAAACCCCCCAACCCCCCCCCCCCCCGAAAAAAAAAACGACAACCAAAAAUAAAAAUCACAAACGAUAUUAUUAUUACGUUAAAAAUAUUGCAUCCCAGUCUUUAAAAACUUGCCUUAACAAAUAAUUUACUAAAUUUUAAUAAAGUGUCAAAUAAGUCUAUUAAAUGGUUUAUGGAAUCUGUUAAGCCAUUUUUUAAAUGUUGUGUUAUGCAUCACUUUGACAUGGUCCUUUUAAAAAAAAACAAACUGUUUCUACAAUUGCUAUACAUGGUAUUAGACUUUUAUACAUUUUAUUUUAAUUUUGAUUUAACAUGAUUUACAUAAUAACAUGAAUGAAAAUGAAAACAAAAUAUACGUAGAUAUAAAAGAUAAUAAUUAAGUUUCGUAAAAAAAAAACUAUUAAUCUAUGUAACUUUGAAUUUUCAGGGUGAAAAUAUAGCUGCUAACCCAUCAUUAUACACACGUAAGACCUCUUAUAAAAUUGCCAAAUUUACAUAAAUAUUGAUACGUUACAUAAGAAAAAUAUUUUUCAUUUUGAUGUUUAAGAAAUGUAUGCAUAAAAACAAAUUAAUAUAACUCUUAAUGUUUGAAAACAAUUUUAAUUUCAUAAACAUUGGCUUUAUGCAUGCUAAAAACUAUAAUUUACUAAUAGUAUAUUACCAAUAUUUCAUAUUUUUUAAUUUUCAUUUCUUAAUUUAAAUUUUAAAUUUCCGAUACAGGUUAAAUAAUAGUACAUUUAAUGAUAAUUAUAUAAUGUUUUAAAUCUUUAAUAAACCCGAUAGCAAAAAUGGAUUUCUGAAACGAUUUUCAGUAUUUACAGGUAUCUAUAAAAGUCCUGCAUUAUAAGUUUUUUGCACAUUGAACAAAAAUUUUGUGUGUAGUUUAUAAAUACAGAUAAUAUCCUUUUAUUAUUUUAAGAACCACGACACAUGCUAUUGAAACUCUUAGCCCAUAAACUUAAUUAUAAACUUCAAGUUUCUCUCUAAAUUUAAAAAAAAAUCAACUUUACCUGUUCUUUAUUCUAAUUCAGUACUUAAACGAUGCAUGACUUUAGCUGAUGUCGAUGAACAGAAAAUACUGUUAAAAAUUGUAUUUAAAAUUAAAGAGCCCCAUGAAGUAAUUUCAAAAGUAAGUUAAUUCAAUCUUGUUUUGUGUAUUUUUGGAAAUGUAUAUGUACUAAAAAGGUUUGAUUCUUAAAACAAAAUUAAUAUUCUUUUUAGGUACAACAUAUGCAAAAGAGCGUAACAUUUACAUAUAUUAUUCACGAGCAUAUUUUCAUAUUUAACUUUCCUUUUCAGUUAAUUUAUAAAUUUAUAGUUAGUAUAUCAAUUUCAUAUAUGUCAUUUUAUUUUUUAUUUUAGCGACAUGACUUGAGUGAUGAUGGCCUCUCUAUAAUAAUAGAGAAAAUUUUGGGAGAAAACGAUAUAGAUGUUUUAUUGAAGAUCAUGGAAAGAGGCGUCAAAUUGGAAAAGAUACAUGAAGUUAUAAAGAAUAGUG